CCAUCAUCACUGAGGGAUGUAUUUGAAUGACAAUGCUUCUUGCUGUGCAAUCACACAGCUGCCCUUUCUGUCUUUUUUUUAUAAAGCUCAGUGGCUUGGCUCAGGGACAGCAUAGAGCAGUAAAACAGUCUGAUGCCAACAUGGGGAAGAUCAUUUUCUACGAGGACAGGAACUUCCAGGGCCGCUCUCACGAGUGCAGCAGCGACUGUGCCGACCUUCACUCCUAUUUCAACAGAUGCAACUCCAUCAGGGUGGAGAGCGGCUGCUUCAUGAUCUACGAGAGGCCCAACUACAUGGGGAACCAGUACUACCUGAGGAGAGGGGAGUACUCCGACAACCAGCGCAUGAUUGGCAUCAAUGAUUGUGUGCGGUCCUGUCGCAUGAUCCCCCAGCACCGAGGCUCCUACAGGGUGAGGCUCUACGAGCGCUCCGACAUGUCCGGGCAGAUGCACGAGCUGGUGGACGACUGUCCAAACCUGCAGGACCGCCUCAGCAUGUCCGACUUCAACUCCUGCAAUGUGAUGGACGGCCACUGGCUGCUGUACGAGCAGCCAAACUACAAGGGCCGGGUCUACUACCUGAGGCCCGGCGAGUACCGGCGGUUCAGCGACUGGGGCGGCGUCAGCCCAAGAAUCGGCUCCAUCAGAAGAAUCACAGACUUCAACUAAAGUCCUACUGCUUCUAAAUGAGUUCAACUGAUCUGUUGCUGCAAUAAAACUCAAAUCAAUCAUGAAA